GCGGGGGCUGCGGCGGCGCCGGUGAGUGACCCGCGGCCCGACUCGGUCCCUACCCUCCAUGACCCUCACUCUUCCUGGAGUCCCCCACCGCCUCCGUUGUCCCCUCUUACUCCCGGACCGCAUUACCCCCAGAGCUCCUCUUAAUUCCUGGCAAUCCCCAGAGCCCCCACAAUCCCCGCAGACCCUAAUCCCUCGUAUUUUAUAGUCCCAGCUCCUUCACUGUCCUAGUAGCCCCCAACUCACCGUUGUUCCCGGGCAUCCCUUCUGAGGACCCCUUCUCAGACCGUUCUUACGUCCUAUUGCCCCGGAACCCCCAGAGCGCUCCUCUGCUCCAGAUCCCCCCUUCCUGCUGCAUCUCUCCUUCAGCAUCUCCUUACCCCCAUCACCCCCAUGCUUCUUCGACCCCGAGACACCCCCAUUCUCCCUCCAUUUCGCAUCUUCCUAUGCCCCCAUUCUCCUCUAACUCCUGCAGACACCCCCUCUUUCGCUUUUCCUCAUUUCCCUCCACCCCUCCAGACCCUCCCCCAAUUUCCGUCAACUCCUCGGCGUGGCACUUUGCACCGCGCGAGGCACCAGGGGAGCGCCCAGCGGGUGUCAGCUAUUAUUAGGCACUCUGAAUGUCCCGCGUGGCCCGUCGCCCCCAGCCACGCUUCACUCCAACCUCUGGCCCCCAGGACAGAGGAGGCGGUGUCGGGGCGGCCGGGGUGGGGCGGGCGGCGCGCGGACGCCGAGCCCCCGCCAGCGCCGUGCGCCAUGUGCCCGCAGCGCCGGCGCCCCCCCAUGCGCCAAGCGGCCGGACGGCGGCGUCGGGGGGCGCCAUGGCCUCGGCGGCGGCGGGCGAAGCGGAAGAGACCACCCGGCUGCGCAAGCCGCGCUUCUCGUUCGAGGAGAACCAGAUCUUGAUCCGCGAGGUGCGCGCCCACUACCCGCAGCUCUAUGGCGCGCAAAGCCGUCGGGUGAGCGUGGCUGAGCGGCGGCGUGUGUGGGACGGCAUCGCCGCCAAGAUCAACGGCAUCACCAGCUGGAAGCGCACCGGCCAGGAGGUCCAAAAGCGCUGGAAUGACUUCAAGCGCCGCACCAAGGAGAAGCUGGCCCGAGUGCCGCACUCCACGCAGGGCGCCGGGCCUGCCGCCGAGGACGCCUUCUCCGCGGAGGAGGAGACCAUUUUUGCCAUCCUGGGGCCGGGCGUGGCGGGGCCAGGAGCUGGUGCAGGGGCCGAGCAGACCUCCGGGGCCGCUUCCUCACAGCCGCCAGCCCCAAGUGCCGGCGCCCAACGCCACGUGUUGUCUGAGGACCGCAGGGAGGACCGACGGGCAGAUACACCAGCCCACAGCAAGGGGGGCUCCAGCAGCCCUGAGCAGUGGGCCCGGCCCUCCUGCAGUCCCCAGGAAGGGGGCUGCCCGCCACCCAAGGAGCGUGAGUCCCCGCCCCCUCCAGUCCUGCAGACGGUCCAGCUGCCCCGUUUGGCCUUGUCUCCACCGCCCCCAGCCCCUCCUCCACUGCCACCACCUACGCCCUCGGCCCCAGACCCCUCCCUGGACUUCCUGCGGGCUCAGCAGGAGACUGCCAACGCCAUCCGGGAGCUGGCUGGCACCCUUCAGCAGGGACUGGCCAAACUGAGUGAGGCCCUCAGCGCCCUACUGCCCCUUCUGCCGGGAACCGCAGUGGACAGGCUGCCCCCACCCCCGCCCCCACCCCCACCUCCAGCCCCCAGGCCUCUCCUGCCCCCUCCUACCCCCAAAGCCGAGAUCACUCCGGAGCCAGUGUCCGUGGUAGCUGCUGUGGUGGACGGAGCGGUGGUCGCAGCCAGGGGGGUGAUCAUCGCCCCUAGGAGCGAGGAGGGGGCCCCCCAGCCACCCCCAGCCCCGCUUCCUCCCCACGACUCACCCCCACACAAGAGGAGGAAAGGUUUCCCUACACGGAAGAGGAGGGGGCGAUGGAAAUCUCCGUGAAAGUGAAAUCUGCCGUUGGUUGGGUUUGAGCUCGUCUCUGCUCCUCCUGCCAGCACCUCCUCCCCCCAGCUUAGCCCAGUGGAGGAGGGCGAUGCAUCUUCCCCAUCUCAGCUGCCCCCGGGCUCCCCUGCUGCAGGGGCACGAGCACCCCACUCCCUCUACUAGUUAGUGCCUGAUUCUCAGGGGACCUCACUGAUGGGUGCCCCGGCCCUUUCUCCAGUACAGCGCUGUCUGCCUGGCUGCUUCCCCAAACCCUAACUUCUAAGCCAUGGAUUUUACCUUAUUGCCCUUCGUGGGUUGCGGAGGGAAUCCCUCGGGUCUGCACAUACCCCCUUCCCUAACAACUCCUGGUCUUGACUUGAAGAGAAUUGACCCAAAGGGGCCUCCUCGCUUCCCGGAUCCAGACUUUGGAGGGGCUGGGAGUCUCGAGACAGAUCAGAAUAUGGAUGACAAAGGAUACAGCAGUCUGUACCCUAGGGAGAGGGGGGUGGAGUUCUCACUGGGGAGGUACAGGUUGGGCCCUUUGCCUCCCAUUGCUCUCUCUGACCUCCAGAGCUCAACCCCCUCCUUUCUCCUGAGUGGUGACAAGAUGCGAAUAAACUUAUUUUUAAUACAACUA